UGACAGAGGUACCCAUCUGAUCCAGUCGUUUAUCACCACGAUGGAUUUGUUUUAUUUUACAAGAGCUGCGCGCAACCCAUCUCCCAGGCUGUCCUACGGAAAAGGCGCCGUUUAAAUGCGAUUAAGUGCUGUACUGUCAACUAGGCGGAGCUUAAUCGAGUUCAUAAAAACAUUACAGUAGCAACUACUGCAGCUAGGCAGGGCAGGAACUAAACGACUCCCUCAGUACUUACAUUGUGUCAACUAAUUCUGUUUAAGCCUUAGGCUGCUUAUCAUGCACUGAAAAGAAGAUUUCGUUGCGUUGCUAAUACCGAGCCUGCAAGAGGGCUCCUGGAGGAGUCGGCUUUGAGUUCGAAGGAUCCAGUCGGUAGAAAUACCGCAGUGCCGCCGAAGUUAGGAACGUUUCAACUUUUAGACCGCUGAAGAGAAAAUGAUCACAAAAGACAGAGACACGCUUUCGGGACGAAAGAAUCCAAUGUAUCUUUAAAGCAACUGUGGACACCGUGAUCUUUGUGAUUCUCCGUGUCUUCUCCUGAGGUGCACAGCGCACCUGUAAAUAAUUUUGACAGUUUAUUGUGGAAUCCGAGCUCUAUCAUGGGGACGUGCACAGACGUGUUACUGGUAACUGCUAAUGUUGGAUCGCUGUUUGAUCGUCUCAGAGAGAUCCAGAGUGACUGGCUCCGGGAGUUUUUUAAGACCGUCCACACCUACAAGCCUCGCUUCGUCGCCCUGCAUUUCCAGGAAGUGGGAGGGAAGGAUUACAAGCGUAACAUGGGCCAGGUUGAAAACUUCUUCCGGGACAUUGAGUCGAGCGAAGAGAUGAGAGAUUUUGACAGGGUCUGUAUCUAUGUGGACACCAACUUCAAGGCCAUUGACCGCUUCACGAUCCGCGGCUCACUGCUCUGGGCCAGGGCUCUGAGCGCGCGGGGGAGGGGGUCUCAGCUCCCCGUGAAAGAUUUUAAAGCCAUCUCUGGACAGAACAAAUAUCUCAGCUCUCUGGAUGGGGUCACCACGGUGGAAAAAGAAAAAUUUCCAAAGAAUUUCUGGCCUGACUUCAAGUGGUCCAGGAAAGGCUACAUGAGAACUCGCUGGAUUAUUCACAAUCAGGGCUUUGAGCUGGUGAAUGUCCACUUGUUCCAUGAUGCCUCCAACCUCAUCGCCUGUAACUCAAGCCCUUCAGUCUACUCUGCCAACAGGGAGAAGGCACUGAGAUAUGUCAUCAACAGGGUAUCAGACAGCAGCUAUACUCCUCUCCCAUUCUUCUUGUUUGGAGAUUUCAAUUUCAGACUGGAUACACUCAGCCUGGUGCAGACUCUGUCCAGGUCUGCUGAUAUUCAGACAGUGAAGAAGGAUAGCAGCAACGAGGUGGAGAAGAUCAUCUGUGAAGAGAAGGACAAUGACCAUAAGGUUCUUCUGCACAUUGAGACAAAGCUGUUUGAGUACUUGCACCAGGCUGUCUUUAGAGAGGACAAUGGCAGAGGACUUUUAAAGUUUGAUAAGGAGAUCAGUGCCUUUCAUGACGUCAUCACAGAGGAAGACAUUUUGUUUCCUCCAAGCUACCCCUACAGCGAAGACUACACUAAACCCACACAGUAUAUGAACACAAGAUGCCCCUCCUGGUGCGACCGGAUCCUCAUGUCUCAUUCAGCCAGUGACAUCAUACAUAGGGUUCAGGAUGGGGAAAGCAGUGUGGUCUACAACACCCUGGGGCCUAAUGUCUGCAUGGGGGACCACAAGCCCGUUUUCUUAUUUUUCACAUUAAAAACAGAUGGAUACUGAAAUGAAGCUCAACUCUCUUGAUAGUGCCAGCAAGAGCUGUCAAAGAGAGACGCACCAGGAGAAGGGAAGACACAGGGAACAGCUACACCACAGGGAAAGUGUUUCACAAGUGACUCCUGUCUCCACAGCAUCACCAAGAAAACCCGUUGGCUGGGAUCCCAUGGACAUUUCUCAGGUUUUCUUUCUUUCUACAGAAGCACACACACUCCAGCAAGUUUUACCGUUAUCCUGACAUGAAUGAAACAAGUUGGUCGGCUUUUUGGUGAUGUUUUUUGAUCUGUUGUUUUUUUUAUGAUUUUUUAAAUUGUCAGGAGAAGGAAAAUUGCAAGAAAAAUGAAACACACCAGUAAGAAGCUGCUUAGACUGAGAAGUCAAGAAGCACUGAUUGUCUAGCCUGUCCUGUCUGUGCAGCUACACUUACUGCUUUUGGUGUAAUACAGUGUAUCAUUAUCUGACUAAAGGUGUAUACUAUUAACAACAAAUGUCACAGAGGGAAAUUCAAAUAAUCAUUUAUGUAUUCACUAUAUUAGGGCAUGCAGUAAUUCUAUAGUCAAAGAGCAUUACAAUUUGACAUGAAGAUCUAACAAAUAUAAAAUCCUGGCUUUCAGAAAUAUGGACCUUUCAUUGAACCAGUAACUUUCCACUGUUUCAUGGUUGACCACUGAGCCAGAAUUUGGUGCAAGGCAGACGUUUCAGUGACCGAUACUCUAUCAACACUCAGACGGUUGUCACCAUUAAUUUGGAUAAACAGCCAGGACUUGAAAACUGCUGCAUAUAUCAUGACACCUUGAUGGAACGUGCAGACGUUAAUUCUUUGGUGUGUUGGAAAGUAAACCAGAAACAAGGAAGGUGCCAUUCUCAUGUUUUAUUUCUUUCACUUUCCCUGCUCCUCUUGUCUGCCACGUAUUCCCGUUCUCUUCACAGCUGAGAAAGACUCCACAGGUGGAGUGUUUUACUCUUUUUCCACUUUUUAGCAUGGAAUGACCUUCUGCCCAUACAGUUUAGACUUGCUUUCUGACAGAACUCCCUGCUCUAGUUGCAUCUUAAUGACUGUUGCACAAAACUUGUAAAUGAGAAAAUGGAGAUGUUCUUAUUUGUAGGAGCUUUAAUUUUAAAAGACUAAGUUCCCCCCACCCUCCCAAUUCCUGAUUAGUGCUAGAGGUUCUGACUGUGUCCCAGGAGAGGAAUUAGCGGGCUGAUUACUUUGGGACCUGAGCUAUAAUUAUAAAGCGUGUGCAAAAAAGGACUGUUAAGUGAUGACAUGAGCAAUUUGCAUGUGUAUAAUAUGAAAGGCUUGCUGUAUAUUGCUAUAUUUUCAGGAGAUUGAAAGCCAGAACUAUGUGCAGAAUUGUUUUUAGUUCCAAGUUCCUUCUGCAGUGGAUUAGAGUGGAGUACAGCUGCACUCAAAGCUAAGUUUACAUGGAGCACCACCAUUAUUAGCUGUUUCAUUACACUUAUUUCACUGGUAUUAUCUAGACUGCAUUAACAAUGAUGUUGAAUAGCAUCUGCAAAUACACACACUGCAUGUCUCUAAGCUACUGUACAUGGAGCCAAAAUAUUUAAACUCAAAAAGAUUUCUUAGAGAUCUUUCAUUUUUAUCAGUUUUUCU